CGGGCGGGGCCGCGCCGCCCUCUCCCCCCCCCGCCACCAAUGGCUUCGUUCCCGGAGGCCGACUUCCAGGUGUGCCCGCUGUGCAAGGAGAUGUGCGGCUCGCCCGCUCCGCUCUCCUCCAACUCGUCCACCUCGUCGUCCUCCUCGCAGACCUCGGGCUCCUCGGGGGGCGGCGGCUCGUCGUGCGGGGGCGCGGCGCGGCGGCUGCACGUCCUGCCCUGCCUGCACGCCUUCUGCCGCCAGUGCCUGGAGGCGCAGCGGCACCCCGCCGCGGGGGACGCGCUCAAGCUGCGCUGCCCCAUCUGCGACCAGAAGGUGGUGAUCUCGGAGCCCUCGGGCAUGGACGCGCUGCCCUCCUCCAACUUCCUCCUCAGCAACCUGCUGGACGUCGUGGUGGUGGCGGCCGCCGCCGACGAGCAGAAGAACGGCCGCGCCGCCGGCUCCGGGCCCGCCGCCGGCUCCGGCGCGGGGGGCGGCGGCGCCAACAACCGCCACCACGGCCGCCCGCCGCCGCACCGCGCCGCCGCCGCCGCCUCCUCGCCCGCCGCCGGCUCCGCCGCGCCCUCCUCCGCCUCCUCGUCCUCCUCCUCGGGUGGCGGCGGCCCGGCGGCGCUGCUGCUGAGGCGGCCGCACAGCCGGCAGGGCGAGCCGCGCUGCAGCUCCUGCGACGAGGGCAACGCCGCCAGCUCGCGCUGCCUGGACUGCCAGGAGCACCUGUGCGACAACUGCGUGCGGGCGCACCAGCGCGUCCGCCUCACCAAGGACCACUUCAUCGAGCGCUUCGCCGCCGGCCCCGCCGCCGCCUCCGCCGGCCCCACCGCUCCGCUCGCCCUCAGUCCGCCCUACCCCGCCUCGCCCUACAACAUCCUCUCCGUCUUCCCCGAGCGGGCCAGCUACUGCCAGCACCACGACGACGAGGUACUGCAUUUCUACUGUGAUACCUGCUCUGUCCCCAUAUGUCGUGAAUGUACCAUGGGGCGACAUGUGGGUCACAGCUUUAUCUACCUCCAAGAUGCCCUCCAGGACUCCAGGACUCUUACCAUCCAGCUCCUGGCAGAUGCUCAGCAAGGACGACAGGCUAUUCAGUUGAGUAUUGAACAGGCCCAGGCUGUGGCAGAGCAAGUUGAGAUGAAAGCGAAGGUGGUACAGUCUGAAGUCAAAGCAGUGACUACUAGACAUAAGAAGGCCUUGGAAGAGCGAGAGUGCGAGCUGCUCUGGAAGGUGGAAAAGAUUCGUCAAGUCAAGGCUAAGUCGCUCUAUUUGCAAGUUGAAAAGUUACGUCAGAACCUAAAUAAGCUGGAUAACACAAUUAGUGCUGUUCAGCAGGUCCUGGAGGAAGGUCGUACCAUAGAUAUUCUUCUGGCCCGGGACCGCAUGCUGGCUCAGGUGCAGGAGCUCAAGAAUGUGAGAGGCCUUCUGCAGACCCAGGAGGAUGACAGGAUCAUGUUCACACCCCCUGACCAGGCAUUGUAUAUGGCCAUUAAAUCAAUGGGCUUUGUUAGUAGCGGGGCUUUUGCUCCUCUGACCAAAGCCACUGGGGAAGGCCUCAAGCGUGCGCUGCAGGGCAAGGUGGCCUCUUUCACAGUUAUAGGCUACGACCACGAUGGUGAGCCUCGCCUUUCAGGAGGUGACAUGAUCUCUGCAGUGGUAAUGGGCCCAGAUGGAAAUCUGUUUGGGGCAGAUGUCAGUGAUCAGCAGAACGGAACCUACCUGGUCAGCUACCGUCCGCAACUAGAGGGAGAGCAUCUGGUGUCCGUGAUGAUGUGCAACCAACACAUUGAGAACAGCCCCUUCAAAGUUGUGGUGAAAUCUGGGCGCAGCUACAUUGGCAUCGGGCUACCCGGGCUCUCGUUUGGCAGCGAAGGAGACAGCGAUGGGAAGCUCUGCCGCCCCUGGGGGGUUAGUGUAGAUAAAGAAGGCUACAUCAUCGUGGCUGACCGCAGCAAUAACCGUAUCCAGGUGUUCAAGCCAUGUGGGACUUUCCAUCACAAGUUUGGCACUCUGGGUUCCCGGCCCGGCCAGUUCGAUCGUCCCGCCGGAGUGGCCUGUGACGUCUCACGCCGGAUCGUCGUGGCUGACAAGGACAAUCAUCGCAUCCAGAUUUUCACGUUUGAAGGGCAGUUCAUUCUGAAGUUUGGGGAGAAAGGAACAAAGAAUGGGCAAUUCAAUUACCCGUGGGACGUGGCCGUCAACGCAGAGGGCAAAAUCCUGGUCUCCGACACGAGGAACCAUCGCGUUCAGUUGUUCGGGCCCGAUGGUGUGUUUCUGAAUAAGUAUGGCUUUGAAGGGGCACUCUGGAAGCACUUUGAUUCCCCCAGAGGUGUGACUUUCAAUCACGAGGGCCACUUGGUAGUGACAGACUUCAACAACCAUCGCCUUCUGGUCAUCCACGCAGAUUGCCAGUCAGCGCGCUUCCUGGGCUCGGAGGGGAGUGGGAACGGGCAGUUCCUGCGUCCGCAGGGAGUGGCGGUGGAUCAAGAGGGGCGCAUCAUCGUGGCCGACUCCAGGAACCACCGGGUGCAGAUAUUUGAGUCCAAUGGUAGCUUUUUAUGCAAGUUUGGCACUCAGGGAAGCGGCUUUGGUCAGAUGGACCGUCCUUCAGGUAUAGCUGUCACCCCUGAUGGCAUGAUUGUUGUGGUCGACUUUGGAAACAAUCGAAUUCUCGUCUUCUGAUCUGCGUUUGAAUUUGGAAGAAACUGUCUCAGGGAAAUUCUUCUAGGAGAAAAUGAAAAAAAAUACAACGUUGAUUCAAACCUACCUCAUCUUUAAUUUUUUUACAGAUGAAUGUACUUAUCUUUUCUGCAGGGAGUGAGCCUGUAAAGUUAAAUUCUAUCUACCUCAUUGUCCUCCCUUCCCUCCCCGGUUUCUCUCCCCCCUCCCCAUCCCAACACACUCGCAGUUCAGAACAUUUUACCUCUCCCCUGAUGGGGCUUCAUGCACAAACAUGUGUUGCUGUGCACAUUAGGUGGUUUGUGUGGUGAAUUCUGUAGGCUAAGCCAAAAAGGCUCUAUAUCACUUUUUUUAAUGGAGAAAAUGAUAGUAGAUAUUUGUAGAGAACUUGUGUUCCUGACCAUACUGCAUUUCUGUGGGUGGGGACAUGGGAGGGGGGAUAUAUUUUUUUUUUGUUUUGAAUUGCUGCUGCAGCAGAGAACUUUUUCCUGUUCUCCUUUUUAUACCUCAGUGUGUUUGAUUUACUGGUGAGCACAGCGUUUUGUUCCCAGAAGACUUUUGAACGUUUUGUGGAAGUGAGUGGGAUUCACUCGCCAGGAAGAGUGAGUUUGCAUCUUUUUGGCAUUUCUGUGUAUUUUUUUCUGAAACACAGUAAUCCAACAGCACAAAGAGAAGCUGAUGAAAAUGCACAAUUAUUUUUGAGUUGAAACCAAAUUGUUCAUUUUAGUGGCUUAAUACAGUUGUCGUAAAGUUUAAACAAAAAAGCAAUGCUUUCUUUAGUGCAAGGUCUUGAGGUUUGUCUUUUUUUUUUUUUUUU